UUCUCCCCUCCUAAGAUUGACCAUCAAACCCUUCACACCUCGUCUACUAUACUUCUAUACGGGCACUCGUUCACAUACUCACAAACAUAUACCCACGAGUGCUUUCUUUUAUCUCUUAAUUAUUCUACCGCUCUAUCCACAAAGACAUAUCAACGACACUUUAUAAUCACCAUGAAUACUAAUAAGGACCAGAUGCUCGACAGCGUUUGUCUGACCAACGAAAAGAACAAGACCAGUGUCGCAGGCACUACAAGCAGCGUCCUCAGUGCCAACAACAGAGAGAGAGCUUAUGUCCCUGAAACGGCUUUGACCUCACCUGAGGCUCGAGAUAAUACUGUGUCAAUCGAGCCCGUUGUUGCCAGCAGUGGCGAUCAGGACUACUUUAACACAAUAAUUGCUGAUCAAGGAUAUGCUGAUCAAGGCGGCGCUGCCACUCCCUCGUCCAUUGCCGCCUCUGAGGCGCCUUCAGAAAGCACCCUCUACUCCGACAAGGGCCAGGACGACUCCGGCAAGGAUCGAGACGAUGUGGACAAGGCCCUCGCAGCCCCGACUGACUACUGGCACAAGACGCUGGCCGGUGCACCCGUGCUGCUGGAGCUGCCCACAGAUCGUCCGCGCUUUGGCAAGCAGCCGGUUGCCGACGCUCAUCACCGCUUCCGAAUCGACAAAACACUGAAGCGCGCUCUCAAGAACCUGAGCGACAACAGUAUCGUGAACCUACCGACAACCCUGUUGGCUGCAUGGGCCCUGGUGAUGUCGCGCCUCACCAACCAAGACGACAUCCUCAUUGCCAUCCCUGGCGACAACAUCGGCAGUGCCCUGCCGCUGCGCAUCCAUGUUGCUGGAGACGUGAACACUGUCGACAUGCUCGAACGCGUUCGCAAGGCUCUCCUUGAUGCGCGUGCACACCAGGACACCCCCCUCCAGACGAUCAUCGACAUCGUGCAGCCCCAGCAUACGAACGGCCAUGUGAACGGCCAUGCACAGUCGUUCCAGCUGCUAUUCCGCUGGCAUGAUGGAGAUCUCUGGCAGGCCCCAGCCGAGACUCACUCUCCUCAACCCGAGCUCGGACUCCAUUUGCAGGAAGAGGGAGACGAGAUCGCUGGAGAGCUGCACUACUCUGCGUCGCUUUACGACGCCGAGACAGUUGAAAGACAUGCCGGCUACCUGGUCACCAUCCUCCAGGCAAUGACGGCCAAGGCCACCGAGCCUGUUGCUGCAAUCGACAUUCUCUCGCAGGCCGAGCGGACACUCCUGCUCGACACAUGGAACAGUUCGACCGCCGUAUACCCCGACCAGCAGUGCAUCCACCACCUGUUCGAGAAUCAGGUCGCCCACACUCCCGAUGCUAUUGCCGUUGUCUUUGAGGACCAAGCCAUGACCUAUGGGGAACUCAAUGCUCAGUCCAACCGGCUUGCGCACCAGCUCAUCGACCUCGGGGUCGCGCCUGACAGCCUUGUUGGCCUCUGCGUCGAGCGUUCACCUGCGAUGGUUGUUGGGAUCCUUGGUGUCCUUAAGGCUGGCGGUGCAUAUGUGCCACUGGAUCCUUCGCAUGCCAGUGAACGUCUCCUGACCAUCCUCGACGACGCCUCACCGGCGGUUCUUUUGGCUGACAAGACCGGCCGCAGUGCCAUCGGCGAAGAAGCACUUCGAUCGCUGACUGUGGUC